AUGUCAUUCGAUUUAAAUAACUCUUUAAAAAACAUUUUUGGAAAUUUCAAAUAUUUUUCUAUCGAAUUGGAUACUAGUACUGACAGAAGAGAUACUUCUCAACUUGUCAUAUUUGUUCGAGGGAUAACUGAAACAUACCAAAUUUUUGAAGAAUUUGUCAAAGUUAUUCCAAUUAUGGGUACAGUGACAGGAACCGACGUUUUCUUGCAUUUAAUGCAACUUUUAACAGAAUUAAAUCUUCCACUUUCAAAAUUAGUUGGAAUUACAACAGACGGGGCUCCAUCUAUGGUUGGGAACAAAAAGGGAACUAUUACAUUACUCCAAAAUGAAAUGGAAAAAUUUGGAAUUGAGCACAAUUUGGUUAAGAUUCACUGUAUUGUUCAUCAAUGGCGGUGUUAUCAAAUGGAAUUACUUGAAAUUCAAUGCGACAGUACACUUAAAUCAAAAUAUUUUUCUGAAAUGGAUAUUUUGAGCUUCUACCAAAAUUUUGUAUGUGUCAGAAAAUAUCCACAAUUAACCGACAAUGCUAUGAAAAUGGCUUGUAUAUUUGGAAGCACAUUUUUAUGGAAACAGUUAUUCUCUAAAACAGGGGUGCGCAAGCUUUUUGGGUUUGCGGCCGCAUAG